CAUGCUCGUGCUCAGCUCUCGCCAUGGACAUAUAUCUGUGGCGCGUCCACGUCUACUUGGACUACCUCUGAUUUCGUCUGCAUAUGUCACCAUAUCAAACCAUCUUCUUGAGCCUCGGAUUUUCUCCCAGAGCCCGCUCCCUCCCCUCUCUGCUCCGUAUAGUCACACAUUGCAUACGGAAAGAUGCAGCUCAGACAUGUCCUCGGCGCAGCCGUGCUGGCUCCCCUCUCCGUCAUGGCCGAUUCGACCAGCUCUGCCCACAACUUCAACUGCGGAGCUGGCACGCCUCCACCCAAGAUCAUCACCGGCCUGAGUAACCUUCGCACGGCAGAGAACCUCGCCAAGCGGGCUCAAACCACCAUGGACUACGAGUCCGACAUCACCAUCCCACUACACCUGCAUGCCGUCACCAAGGUCGGCGACCCCAUGGACCCAGACGUCCUCUACAAGCAGUACCUCGUCAUCCAGGACGCUUAUGCCCAGUACGGCAUCCACUUCGUCCUCGAGGGCAUGACACGCUACGAAGACGACAAACUGUCCUUUUUCAACUCGACUCGCUUCUUCGGCGUCGGCGACAACGACGACCGCAUGUGGUAUGUCGGCCACACUCGCAAGGGUGGCUACGACACGCUCAACAUCUGGUUCUACGACGACAUGGAGGAGGGCAUGAACGGCGUCUGCACGUUCCCCCAUGACGACGACCCCCAGGACUCCCUCUGGCGAGACGGCUGCCAUGUCCUCGCCGGCACCAUGCCCGGCGGUGACCGCGAGUUCUACAAUGUCGGCUACACUGCCAUUCACGAGGCUGGCCACUGGCUGGGGCUUAUGCAUCCGUGGGGCAACGAGGUGGGAACCUGCGAUGGCGAUGGCGAUCUGGUCGACGACACGCCCCCGCAGUCCGAGCCGUCGUUCAAGUGUCCUGUCAAGCCCGACUCGUGCCCAAAACAUCCGGGCUUCGACAACGCCUGGAACUUCAUGGACUAUGCCGACGACACGUGCGAGGGCGAGCAGUACUUCACACCGGGCCAGAGAGUCCGCAUGCACCACAGCUACCUGAAGUACCGCUACGGCAAAUAGGUUGCUGGCAUGUCAUUUUAUCUGCUUUUGAGCGAAGUUUUACACGACGCAAUGAUCACAUAUAUUCGUAUUUCGAGCAUUAAAAGGCGUUUUGUGGGAGAGACCGGAUUUAUUACCAUCUCGAUUUCUGAGCGUUAUCUGGACAUGAUACCAUAUUUAGCAUUUCUAGGAAAAAGACAGCCCUUGGGUCUGAGACACACGAUCAAGGGACA